AUGGCCGACAACAUUUCGCCCACUAGCUGCAGCACUCGCAGGACUUCGCUUGCUACCAUAGACCUCGAGAAGGACAGAGUCCAGACGCCGGAUUUCGGCGGAGCCGUUACACCCGCUUCACUUGAAGCUCAAUGUGCAGAGCCGUUCGACUCGGACGUGGAGCUCCUCACUCUCCCUCCUAUGAAGCGUUGGCAAGCCUACCUCAACCAACAGAUCGCGGUCGAUACUCUUCUCGAGCUUGAGCUCUACAUGUUGAGUUUCGCCACCGGUAUCCAGGAUGCCAUGACUUUCGCUUUCUACGGCGUCUUCUGUUCCAAGCAAACCGGAAACCUUGUCACCAUUGCCCUUUCUGCCUUGGACUCCGAGGCUGUGGUGCAGACCGAGACGCACAUUGCCGUGUCUUUCGUUUCCUUCCUUGCCGGCGCUUCGCUUUUUGGGCACUUCAACAACUUCAUCGGAAGGAAACGUCGCGGGUGGUUGAUCUUUGUCAACGCUUUCCAGACGCUCAUGGUCAUUGCAGCUUGUGUCAUCAGAAAGCACUCGGUAGAUAACUUUGGCGUCCUUGGAGAGGGCGGACCUGACCGAUUUGCUGCCGCCGCCAUCGCUCUGCUUGCCUUUGCAUCUGGUGGUCAAAUCUCGCUCGCACUAUCAGUCGGCAUGGCUGAAGUGAACACCACAAUGGUCACCGGCGCUUUGGUCAUGCUCGCUCAUGACCAAAAGAUCCUCCACAAGCACAAUCCGGGCCGCAACCGCAAGCUGUUCUUCAUCGGCAGCAUCCUUGGUGGAUCGUUCCUCGGUGCCAUUGCGAAUCGCUAUGCACACUCGGCUCUCUCGCUGCUUCUUGUCGCUAUUUGUAAAGUCGUCGUCACUUUCAUGUUCCUAUGCAACCGUGGCGUCAAGAAGAAGCCCGGAUCAUCCGAAACCGCCGAGAGCUCCGUGGGCCUGACCCAGAUUAUCUGGGGUGAUUGA